UACUGAAAUCGGAAUAUUCUAACUGCGAGCUUGUAUCGACAACUGAUAUAUAAUGUCCGAGUGGUCCGACCGAAUUACUGAAACCGCAGAUCAGCAUAAUAAAUGUUAUAUAAUAAUACAACGAGUGUCUUAUACGGAAGUGGUCGAAGGUCAUUCGUACAGGCCGUACAGCUGUUGUAAACAAGGCUGACCAAGCUUGUUAAUUGGUAGGUAUAUAAUAUACUACUGUAGUUAUCUAGGUAUAAUCAAGUCUGAAGUUUCAUUAUUAUCUUCAAUAUUACUACUGUUGUACCCGCUUACAACAAACCGGACGAGCAUUCGUGUAUUAUGAUACGUCGUACCAGCGCUGCUAGUGAUUCCACUCCAACCCAAACGCAAAAUAUUAUUAUUUUUUAUCAUCAUCAUUCAUUCAUUCAACACCGUCACGACCGUGUGCCUAAGCGCACACACUGUUAUUAUUUUUCUUAUUAUAUUAUGUUCGUCCGACCGGACUCGCGGUCUCGCGCCGCAGUUGGACAUCGACGUCGCGUCGAACAGACGAAGAUUUCACUGAGACACUCGCGGCCGCGACAAAAAUAUAAAUCUGAUAAGAAUCCAAAUCAAAUGACAACGAUACAAAAUAAUAUAUCAUAAUUAAAAAUAUAAUUAUAUUAUAUUGUAUUUCGUCAUGUUCUCGGCCGUCCCGCGGCUACUGCCGCUGUUGCUGCUGCCGACGGUCUUGUCGCCGCCCGCUGCGCUCGCCGCGAACAUAUUGGCGUUCAUGCCAAUGCCGAUGAAAAGCCACUUCGGCGGGUUCCAGCCGAUGUUUGAGGAGUUGGCCCGCCGGGGCCACAACGUCACCGUGGUCAGUUCGUUCCCGCUGGCGAACCGACGCGUCCCGAACUACACCGACGUGGACGUGACGCCGGUACAAGGUCUUCCCGAAAUCGACGUGAUGCAGUUGAUCAACAUCAAUUUCUUAAUGACAGUGACUAACAGAUGGUUUUUCGCCAAUCUCUUGUCGGCCCAAAUGGAGCACGCGAAUUUGAUAGACUUCUUGCGGUCGGAGGACAACUCGUUCGAUUUGGUCAUUGUCGAAUCGUUCCUCCAAGAAUACACCGUGGCCAUCGGUCACAAGUACAACGCUCCCGUCGUCAACUUGUCGCCGGGAAUGGUUUGGGUCAGUGUCAGCCGAUGGCUGCAUUUACCUUCGACAUUUUCGUAUGUGCCGGAUUGCUGCAUAGGCGUGACGGACGACAUGAGUUUCACGGGCCGUUUAAAGAACACUAUCGUCGGAUUUGUACAAAUGUUCGUGGAGGACUACCUGUAUAUGCCGAUGAUGAAGGCGAAAAUGAGCAAGCACUUCACAUACGUUGGUUCGGAGUCGAGACCGACGCUCGAGCAAAUGCUGAACAACGUGUCACUGACGCUGAUGAAUGCUUACCACGCGGUGGGAGUGUGUCGACCGUAUUUACAGGGCGUCGUCGAAGUAGGAGGAAUGCAUCUCAAAGAACCGAAACCGUUACCCAAAGAUUUACAAGAUUAUAUUGAUUCAGCUUCUAACGGUGUCAUAUAUUUUUCUUUUGGUUCGAUCGUCAAUUUAUCGAAUUUACCAAAAGAAAAACUGAGUAGUUUUCUCAAUGCCAUCAGUCGUUUAAAGCAAAAAGUGAUUAUAAAAUGGGUACCAGAUAAAAGUAUAAAAUUGCCACAAAAUGUAAAGGUCGGUUCGUGGUUGCCUCAGAAUGAUAUUUUAGCUCAUCCAAACGUGAAACUUUUUAUUACUCAUGGGGGUUUGCAUAGUAUCGAGGAAGCUGUGUACAACGAAAAACCCGUGAUUGGAAUACCAUUUUUUGCUGAUCAACUUUCGAACAUGAAACUGGUCGAGAAAAUUGGCUAUGGAAAAUUGAUAACUUUUGAUCAACUAACCGAAGAAUCAUUUGGAAACGCUGUCGAAGAAGUAAUAUCAAAUCCGGCGUUUAAGGAUAAGGCAACGAUUCAGAGUCAGGUGUUCAGAGAUCAACCGAUGAAACCUUUAGAUCGAGCAAUAUACUGGAUAGAGUACGUCAUUCGGAACGAUGGAGCUCAAUACCUAAAAGCUGGAUCUAUAGGACUAAACACUGCGCAGUACUUUUUGUUUGAUGUCACAUUAUUUUUACUUUUACCGACAGCAAUUGUUGCUUGGUUGGGUUACCGUGGAAUAGUUAAAGUUUCAUCAAAAUGCAAAGCUGACUAAAUCUAAAAAAUUAAUUACAUUUUGUGGAGUAAAAUAAUUCUUCCACGUCGACUUUAUUCAUACAUUUGAAAGAUACGAUAGUUUAAUACAUUUCAAUGUUUUCUAGCUUUAUUAUAAAUUAUAACUUAUAAGGGUGAAUGCCGAUGAUGGCGUUCUAUAAGUGAACGUUUAUAUUCAUAAAAAGUUUAUUUAACUACGGAUUUUAUUUAGCCUUAGAUUUUACAUUAAAUACAUUUCCCCCCUCAUUAAUAACUUAUAGUAGUUAUUAAAAAAAAAUAAUAAUUUGGGGGCUGGUGUAGCUCGGUGGUUGGCCUCAACCACUAACGUGAGGUCAAGCAUCGGCCGGCGUCUUCAGUUCCCGGAUGGGUGACCACCCCGAUUUUAGUGACGAAUCCUCGUUCUAGAUACACUUGUUCCUCAACCAGCCAUAACCCCCUACAAAAUUCCAAUGAACAUAGUUUUCGAUGCUUAAGAAUUAAGAUCAAUAAAAAAAAAAAAAUUGACAUAAAAUAAUAAAUUAUUAUUAAAUGAUUUAAUGUACCUAUCUACAUAUAAAUUAUAAUAGACAUAUGAGUGAAAUUAUAAAUAUAUAUUCUGUUUUUUUAACUAUUGAACCUAAAAUAUUACUAUGUAUCUAUUAUAGAUUCAUAUUGUUAUUAUUUAUUAUACUCAAUACAAUAGUUUUGAUCGAUCCUUUGAUAUUAAUUUUAAAUCUUUUGAUUUUUGUUUCUACUCAGUGCCUUGUCGGGUGUCUUUAAUAAUUGAUCCUAAAUAGUGCCAUGGUCCAGUUAGGUUAACAAGGGAAAAACCCCCGAAAAAAGAAAUCUGAAUGUCGAAUUAAAAAAUAAAACAUACGUGGCAGUCACAUCUAGUGAUGAAAGUGAGCAGCGGAAACUGAUAGUUUUGUUUCCGAGCUAAGUAAAGUUAAUAACAACGCCGAUUAUAUAUCAUCACAGCCAUUAUUAUCGUCCGCACGAAUAAAAAAAUAUAAUAUAUUAAAAUAUGAUGUAUUUAUUUUUAUAUUUCAAUUCAUGCCUCGGCUAGUUUAUCUAGUAGCCGUCCACAUAUGUGAAUAAACAGUUGUGAUGGGUAAUCAUUUUAUUUUAAAAUAAUAUUAAUUUAAAUUAAUAAUAAUUAUAAAGCUUAUAGGUACUUUAUAAGUUACAACUUAUAAAUAACUAUAUUUUAUGUUAUUUUUACAUCAAUACUAACACUUAUUUUUGUACGUAUAUACUAUAUACUAUAAUAUAAUGACGUGUACAUAUA